GUGCUGAAGUGAGUAUGCCCUUACCGCCCUCCAGUCUUUUUCGAGUCUGCCUCCUCCGUUUUCUCAUCGGACAUUGAGACGACGUCGUCUUUCCCCUUUUCGUUUCGAUUUGCCGUGGAGUGGAAGCCAAGAAGGGGAGGAGUUAAGAGGAGACGAUGGAGUUCUACGUCGAGCUCUUCUUGACCGCUCUCAUCUCCGUCAUCAUCGCCUUCCUCAUCGGCAAGAUCGCCGCCGCCGACGACAACGUCGACGACGAAGAUCUAGCCGCCGACAAGCCGGCCCCGCCCCCUCUUUCCGCCGAUUCAGGUCCUCGGCGGAUGGAAUCCACCGCCGCCGCCGCCAUCGCCGAUCUUGGGAUGGGUUUGGGUGCUGCCCAGGAGGAGGAGACGGGGAAGUCGUCCGGUGAUGCUUGUGCAAGCGGCGUUGUCGAAGAUCAAAGACUGGAUGAGGAGAUACUGGAUGGUGGCAAGGCGGCUAGUGGGUUUGACCUACAGAAACAAGAUACUAUUCUUGGAGCGGAUGAAUCCUCGUCCAAGAAAGAGGGCUCUAAAGUGGGGAUCGGAAUAAUUAGUGGCGAUUUGGACGAGGUUGAACCAAAUGUGGGAAAAGAGGUGCGGAAAGUUGUGGAGAUGGGUGGAGAAGAUACCUUACAAAGGGGCGACGCAAGGGCGGUGAGUGAGGAGAGGGGUGGAUCGUUGCUACAGGGGGAGGACGAGUGGGAGGGAAUCGAGAGGAGCGAAUUGGAGAAGUUAUUCGGAGUUGCCACUGAGUUUGUGGGUAGCGAGAAAGGUGGGGAUGCCGUGUCAAAACUGAGCAGUGAGUUACAAAUGCAGUUGUAUGGGCUUCAUAGGGUUGCAACCGAGGGGUCAUGCUACGAGCCACAGCCCAUGGCUUUGAAGGUUACUGCUCGUGCGAAAUGGCAUGCUUGGCAGAGUCUGGGGAACAUGAAUCCAGAUGCUGCCAUGGAAAAGUAUAUCAGUCUUCUUACUAAGAGUAUUCCUGGAUGGAUGGGAGAAAAAUCUGGUGAGGAAGCCAGAGGUCAUGAUGACAAUGAUCCUUCAGUAGUGCAGGUUUCUGGAAUAGGCCAGCACCAUUUAAAGACAUCUUCUUACUGUAAUCCUGAAACUGAAAGUGGAAUAAUGUGAUGACUUCUUGUUCCAUUUGAGGUGUCACGGACACUGUAUAUGCUGGUCGCAUACUUUUCAAGCAAGUUUGGAAGUAAAGGAGGGACUGAGAUGGGUGGUGAGAGCCACUCGGAGAGGUGGCAGUCAGUCCCUUGUAUUGUGUAUGAGGAUACCUUAUUUGAUGCGCAUAUAUGUCCCACCUCUUUCUGUCUGGGCUCUAUAUGGAUCUUGGAUCCCGUACAUCAGUGUCAAGUUGCAUAUAUGUAAUUAUCCUUUCUCAUAAUUAUUUUGUGAUAGUCUUUUGAGAAAAAUAAUUUCCCCCAUCUUC